CCGACUCUCUGGUUCGGACCGCGUGACAGCUGGCUCGCGUCGAAACCAACCACAAUCGUCGUCCUACCCCAAUUUCCAGACCCUUCCGUCGCCAGCAAAAGACACUUCCCAAAUCCCCGUCUCGUGAUCGAUACCAUCUCCAAUGGCGAGUCGUCGAAUCCCUGGCGAUCUCGCCACCGGUCUCCUCCUCCUGUUCUCCCUCAUCUCCACCCUCUCCGCGGUCCGCUUCUCUCCCCCUGACAACCACCUCAUCGCCUGCGGCGCUUCCUCCGCCGCCGACCUCGACGACGGCCGCGCGUUCCUCCCCGACUCCGGUCUGUCCCCACCCGUCCUCCGUUCCCACGGCCGCCAGAUCUCCCUCUCCAACCCGUCCCCGGACGCCGUCCCGCUCCAUCGGAAUGCCAGGGUCUUCGCUUGCCCCUCCUCCUAUGCGUUCGAGAUCAAGAACAAGGGAAUCCAUCGGAUCCGCCUCCACUUCUACCCCUUCUCCACCCCGGAGUACGACCUCUCCUCCGCUCGCUUCCACGUUUUGGCCUCGGAUAUUACCCUACUGUCCUAUUUCGGCACCUCGAGCCCUGUGAUGAAGGAGUACUUCAUCAACCUGAAUGAAGGGAAGCUCGUAAUAUCGUUUUCUCCGGCGGACAGGUCCUCCUUUGCCUUUGUAAACGCCAUCGAAGUCAUGUCAGCUCCGAAAGAUCUCAUUUUGGACGCUGGAAGGUUAGUAAAACCCGAUGAAAUUACGGAAUUUCAUGGGCUUUCGAAACAGGCUUUGGAAACACUCUAUAGGGUUAAUAUUGGGGGUCCAAAGGUGACUCCUUUUAACGAUACUCUCUGGAGGACGUGGGUUUCUGACGUUGAGUUUCUAAAGCUGAGUUCUGCUUCGAAAGUUGUCACAUAUAGCGGAAGGAUUAAGUACCAGAGAUACGGAGCGAGUCGUGAAGUUGCCCCUGAUAAUGUUUAUAAUACCGCAAGAGCAACGAGUGGUGCCACUGUUCCAGGCUCCAAUUAUAGCAUGACAUGGGAAUUCCCCGUCAGUUCAGGUUACAAGUACCUUGUUCGGAUGCAUUUCUGUGAUAUUGCUAGUUUGGCGCUUAACCAGCUUUAUUUUAAUGUCUACCUUAAUGGGUACUUGGCAUAUCAAGAUUUUGAUCUCUCUGAUUCCACUGGGCAAAUACUGGCUUCACCAUAUUAUGUAGACUUUGUUGUGGAUGUUGAUGUUUUGGAGCUUUUGAGCAUAAGCAUUGGUCCAUCUAAUCUGAGUAAUCCUUCCUGGAUUCGAGGAUUGUUGAAUGGUUUGGAGAUAAUGAAGAUCAACAAUACAAUGGGCAGUCUUGAUGGCAAGGCUCCAGUUAUCUUGGUUUCUGAGGAUCCGGUCGGAAGAGGCUUUGGAGCUUUUCUUCGUUCACUUACAUGUGGCUUUGCAUUUAUGAGCUUGUCAGUGAUUGCCUUCAUGCUAUUCUUGAGGUGGCGGUCUGAGUCAAGGAGUCUUAUGUCUUGGUCACGUCUACCUGUUGAUGUUUCAAAUGGUAAGUUGUCCAAGGAUUCUCCAGUUAUACCAGGUAAGUUGGUAGACUUUUGAUGAAUUAAGGGAAGAAUGUUGUAUAAUAUUUUCUAUGGCUUGUAUGAAGAGUAUAAAACACUCGUGUUGCAUUUAAUACUUUCUUCCACUAUGUAAAAUGUGCUGUUUGCACAUCACUUGAUGAAUCUGUUUUUGAGGACUAGCUUUGUUUCUCAAAGGACUGAACCCCUGUAAACUUCUAUGCAUUUUUCAAUCAACUUGGCAAGCUUACAAAUUAAUAUUUAAA